GUGGGUCCAGACCUCUGGGUCCCAGUGGCGAUGCCCCCACAGAGAAGGCGCGGGAGUGGCGGCGCCCACAGCGCACUCGCGGGGGUGAAGCCCGGUGUCCGCACCCGGGUGACCCGCUCCGGGGCCCGGACAGGCCCCGCCAUUCCCGUGGAGGCCGCUUCCCCCGCCGCCGACCCCGGGCUCCGCACACACAGUCCGAUGGCGGCUCCCGCCCCGAGGCGCGGGGCUGAGGUUGGUGUGACCUUUGAGGACGUUGCCCUGUACUUCUCCAGGGAGGAAUGGAGCCUCCUUGAUGAGGGUCAGAGACAGCUGUACCUGAAUGUGAUGCUGGAGAACUUUGAACUUCUAUCCUCACUGGAAAUACGGUACCAGUACCGCCCCCUCACUAAGAUGUCCAAGCAGAAGAGAUGCACAUAUAAAGUUGGUUUCAAACUGGAAGUUAUAAAAUAUGCAAAGGAGCAUGGCAACAGGGCAGCAGAGAGACACUUUGGACCACCUCCCUCUGAAAAGAUGAUAAGAGAGUGGAGGAAACAGGAGGAUCAGCUGCAAAAGUUGGAGAAAAGUAGUAAGCACACUUUACAUGGGCAUGCUGCAAAGUGGCCAGAGUUGGAGGUGGACAUAAAGGAGUGGAUCACACAUUACCGUGAAAGUGGCUUCUUGAUUCAUGGAGCGAUCUGGCCUUGCUAUGCGCACCAAAACAAAAAUUGCUCAAAAAAUGCCCAACGAAUACGAAGAAAAGAUCUUGUCUUUUCACAAAUUCGUCAUUGA